AUGAUAAUCGAUGAAAAAUUGCAGUCCUAUUCAGCAUCUUCAAUGGUUUCAAAUAGCGAUAAUUCACUUGCUAGCAUCAGAUUGCUUCUUAACACACCUCCUUAUCAAAGAACACACAAACAAAUUGAAACGCUGCUUACGUUAACACAGAAUAUCAAAUUUUUUAAAGAGCAAGUCAAGGAGAAUGGUGAAGAAAUUCAUUAUCAAGCCUGCCAAUUCAUGAGCUAUGAGCUCAUUCAAGCAGAUCAGGUAUCAAAUUAUUUAGUAUGUUUUCAAAUUUGGGGAGUUUGGCGACAAAUUCUACAUAAUCCUUCAAGGAAGGGCCAAAAUUUUUGUGCCUUUUGUAUCUGAUGUUGACAAGAAAGAGAAAAAAACUGAAAUGGUCGAAGUAGGUGAGUAUGGACCUGGAUCAGCAUUUGGAGAGUUAUCAUUAAUUAAAGACAUGCCCAGGUCCGCUUCAAUCUUGUGUAUUGCUGACACAGAAUUUGCUGUUUUAUAUAAGGAUGAUUAUUUGAGAAUUCUUGGAAAAUCAGAGACAAUAAGAUUAGAUGAAAUGAUUGGAUUUUUUCAGACGAUGCCUAUGUUUAAAAAUUGAGGGAAAAAAGCUAUUGGAAGAUUAACUUAUUUUUUCAAGGAUAAAAGUCUUGUAAGGAAUGAUAUACUUUAUAAACAAGGAGAUGAGUCGGAAUAUGUAUAUAUUGUAAAGCAAGGAACCCUUGAGCUAAUAAAAGAAAUCAGCUUAAUUCAUCAAGAAAAAUCUCCUUCUUACCAUGAAUCUGGACAUUUGAGAAUUGAGCCUAGUUUUUCUCCAAGGAGACAUAGAGCGAGAGUUGCUCUAUUAGAAGUUGGUGAAAUGAUAGGUGAUGAAGAAGCUUUAACUGACUCUGCAAUGCACUUUACUUGCAAAUGCUUUUCUUCAGUCGCUGAAAUACUUUGCAUCCCGAAAAAAGAAUUCAUCGCUAGGAUCCGACAUGAAGACACUUUGAAUUUUUUAUAUGAAAAACACAGAAUGAAAGAAGAUUUCAGAAAUUUCACCCUCGAAACUGUCACCUCAAUAAAUAGCUCUAAAAUGACUCCUCCUCCUAUUCAAUGUGAAAGCUUCAGCAAAACUCCUCCACCCUCAGUAAAGUAUUUAAGUACCCCAACGCUCAUUAAAUUCACACCUAAAACAACGAAAACAAAACUUUGCACAAGUCCAUUAAAAUGCAGACUAGCACCUAUCAGCCCAAAAAAAUUCAGAGCCAUUAAAAAGGCAGCAAUUGGAGAUUGUGAUGAAACAAAAAAUACCCAAGAAUCUUCGCUUGAAUCACCAAAAACUAAUUAUCAUACACUAGGACUGUUUAAGGGAUCUAAAGUCAAGCAUUCUCUUAAAGUAUUAACUAGUUCGAAAAUAUUUGAUGUAUCAAAAGCAGAUUUAAAUUUGUCAUUAGGACCAUUGAAAAGAAAAAGUGCAGUUAGUCUUAAAAAAAUCGUUGCACCUGUUCCAAUUAGUUUGAUUAGAUUCAAUAACAGCAAUUUUAAUUAA